AAAACAUGGCUGCAAAUUCUGCGUCUAAGGUGAGCUUGAAGCUCCUCAUCGACACCAGGAGCAAUAAAGUCCACUUUGCUGAAGCAGGCAAAGACUUUGUUGAUUUUCUUUUUAACCUCCUCUCUUUACCUGUUGGCACAGUUGUUAAGCUUCUCGGAACAAACAGCCUGGUGGGUUCCCUUGGAAACAUCUACGAGAGUAUCCAAAACCUCAGAGAAAGUUACAUGCAACCGAACCAAACCAAAGACUUACUGCUCAAUCCCAGGGCUCCAAUUUCAGCUUCUGGUGUCCCAAUGUUUCUUGCUUAUGACAACGUGCCUAGAAAAACAUACACGUGUUCCAUUUAUCAUCGCAAUAUGGCCGCUGUUCCACGCAGGGUUUGCCCUCAUUUUACGGCACGGAUGUCGAAUGAGGUGCCCAUUGUAGCUAGGAAUGUCGGGAAAGGUGAAUCGAGCGGCGAAGGAGGGUUUGUGAAAGGGAUGGUGACUUACAUGGUAAUGGAUGAUUUGACUGUUAAACCAAUGUCUAUCAUUUCUAUCAUUACUAUGCUCCACAAGUUCAACGUUAAGGAAGUUGGAGCACUUCAAGAGAAGGUAGUUCACUUGGGAAUGAAUGAGGGUUUGAAGCUGCUUAAGACUUCCUUGCAGUCCAAGUCAGUAUUGACAAGUGUUUUUCUGGGGAAUAUGAGGGCCUAAAGUCAUCUUCUGAAA